CUCUGGCUGGACGCACACACACUCUUUGCGCACACACACUCACGCACUGAGGGUGACUUGUGUGUGCAGCCAGCAGAGAGAGAGAGACGCGCUCGGAGAGACGGAAAGGUGCGCAGAAAGGAGAGAGGACGGCAGACGGAGAGCAGCAGCAGGACGGAGCAUCUCCUGCGCGUCACUGCAGCUUCAAGGAUCUUAAACAUCUCCAACUGCAACUCACUGAGGCGCGUAAACUUUUUAAAAUAUACAGAUUUUUCUUUUUUCAAAAAGAGAGUUUUGGAUCUGAAUCACGCGGUUCCUGGAAGAGUUUCCCCGCAUUUAAAGCAACUUUUUCCAUCCCAGUCCAGCAGUUUUAAAAAGAAAAAAGUUUACAUUUUUCUUGGCUCCAGGCUUGGCUUCACUUUUUCCACUUGUUUUUUAAUAUCAUUAUUAAUAUUUGUCUCAAAUUUCCAGACAUUUAAAAAAUUUUUUUUACUUUAUACCUCCAAUUUUUUAACCCAGAAACUCACAAAAAUGAACUUUCAAACACCAGCAGCGUCCCCAGCCAGGUGCGCGUCCAGCCCCACAUGUUUAAAUCAUUAAAGCAAACUGACUUUCGGUGAUUUCAUUUUUGUUUUUUCCUCUGAAGGUUUGAGAUUAAAGCGUCACCUGUUGCUGCGUCUCCUCCACUCAGCCAACCGCGAUUUGCGCUCUGGAGACGCCAGAAAACAAACAGAAAAAGAGAACAUAAUCCAUAUCACACCUCCGCAGUUCAUUCAUUCCCAAAGCAAAAAGGAAAAAAAAGAAAACCAACCCGCGCCAGGAGCGUUUGGAGUGCGUAAAUCGGCGCUGCGCUUUUUACGCACAAGGAAAUAAUCAACAAAAACUUGUGACCCAGACUUUUUUUUUUUUUUUUUUUGAACAUCUUCGUCAUCCUCCUCAUCAUGCUGUUCGACAGCUUCGACUUGAUCUCGGCUCUGGCCACGCUGGCCGCCUGCCUGGUGUCCAUGGCGCUGCUGGUCGCCGUCUCCCAGCAGCUCUGGCAGCUCCGGUGGACGGCCACCCGGGACAAGAACUGCAAGCUGCCGAUGCCCAAAGGCUCCAUGGGCUUCCCCUUCAUCGGAGAGACCUGCCACUGGCUGCUGCAGGGUUCGGGCUUCCACGCGUCGCGUAGGCAGAAAUACGGCAACGUGUUCAAGACCCACCUGCUCGGCCGACCUCUGAUCCGAGUGACGGGGGCCGAAAACGUCCGGAAGGUUCUGAUGGGCGAGCACACGCUGGUGACGGUGGACUGGCCGCAGAGCACGUCAACGCUGCUGGGACCCAACUCUCUGGCCAACAGCAUCGGAGACAUCCACCGCAAGAGGAGGAAGGUGUUCGCCAAAGUGUUCAGCCAUGAAGCGUUGGAGUCCUACCUCCCAAAAAUCCAGCAGGUCAUCCAAGAGAGCCUCCGAGUGUGGAGCUCCAACCCCGAGCCCAUCAACGUCUACAGGGAGAGCCAGAGGCUGUCGUUCACCAUGGCGGUCAGGGUGCUGCUGGGAUUCAGGGUGUCGGAGGAGGAAAUGAGGCACCAGUUCUCCACCUUUCAGGACUUCGUCAACAACCUCUUCAGCCUCCCAAUCGACCUGCCGUUCAGCGGCUACAGGAAGGGAAUCCGAGCGCGAGACACGCUUCAGAAAAGCAUAGAGAAAGCCAUCAGAGAAAAGCCUCUGUGUUCCCAGGGGAAGGAUUACAGCGACGCGCUGGACGUCCUGAUGGAGAGCGCCAAGGAGAACGGCGCAGAGCUCAGCAUGCAGGAGCUCAAGGAGUCAACCAUUGAGCUGAUCUUCGCCGCCUUCGCCACCACCGCCAGUGCUAGCACCUCCCUGAUCAUGGCGCUCCUCCGCCACCCUCAGGUUCUGGAGCGCCUCAGGGAGGAGCUGAGAGGCAGAGGCCUCCUCCACAACGGCUGCCUCUGUCCUGAACAAGAGCUGAGGCUGGACACCAUCAUCAGCCUCAAGUACCUGGACUGUGUCAUCAAGGAGGUGCUGAGGCUGUACACGCCGGUCUCCGGGGCCUACCGAACAGCAAUGCAGACCUUCGAACUAGAUGGAGUUCAGAUUCCCAAAGGCUGGAGCGUGAUGUACAGCAUUCGGGACACUCACGACACAGCUGCCGUCUUCAAAGACGUAGAAGCCUUCGACCCCGACCGCUUCAGUCAGGAGCGGAGCGAAGACAAGGAGGGCCGCUUCCACUACCUGCCGUUCGGCGGCGGCGUUCGCUCCUGUCUGGGAAAGCAACUCGCCACGCUUUUCCUCCGCAUCCUAGCCAUCGAGCUGGCCAGCACCAGCCGCUUUGAACUGGCCACUCGCCAGUUCCCGCGUGUCGUCACGGUCCCCGUGGUUCACCCCGUCGACGGGCUAAAGGUCAAGUUCUACGGCCUGGACUCCAAUCAGAACGAGAUCUUGGCGAAGUCAGACGAGCUGCUGGGAGCGACGGUGUAGUAAGGGCGGCUGCUCAUGAGGGUUGGGUGGAGAAGUUCAGAGAUUUAAGUCUUUAGGGAGAAGAUUGAUGGAAGGAAACAAUAAUUUCAGAAAGAUUUUUCCUUCUUCACCUUUGUUCUGCCAGAUUGGAGCGUUCUUUCAGACUCUUCUAACAAGUGGUUAUCAGGACUCUUCUUUAAGAAAGGAGGAAACUGCCAAAAACUUUUUAAAUAUGCUCUAUUCUGUGUAUUUUCUGAAGAAGUAUACUUAGAAAAUAUGUACAAAAAGCUAUCUAAUAUAAUUUGAAUGGGAGUGGUGCACAACAGACUUUUGGUGAAAUGAAGAGUUGAGAUGAGAACAGUAAGGGUGUUUUAGAGAGAGGCGAGAGAUAAAACAGGGUAUAGAGAGAAGGAAUAUAAUUUUCAACCAUUUUGCUUGUGUUUAAAUUCAAUAAAUCAUUUUCAGUUGACUUGCAGGGUAAAAGAGAUGGAUUAUAUGGAAACAGAGUUUUUCUUAUUGGCAAAUAUUUAACCUUGCACCCAUGUGCUAAAAUGUGUAAUAUCUGAUACAGGGAUGAAUAUUUAAAAAAUUUAAUAAAAAUAAAAAAAUCAAGGACAAAAUUGCUUUUAUUGAAUGGAUAUGUUAAGCAUACAAUACAUUUUAAAAUAGAAACAACUUAGUUUUUUUAGAAUUACCUUAAAAAAAAAAGUAACUUGUUCUUUAAAAGCAAACAGGAAGGUCUAAAGAAUAACCAGAUAUUCUAAUAACAGCUUGAUUUAAAAACUGGUUUGUUUUAUUUAUAUCCUGUUUGUUUUGCCAUUUUUUGAUCAUCAAAUCUAUUGUUAGGUUUAUGAAAAGCUUUCUUCAUUAAUCUUAAUAACAAAAUCUUCUUUAUUGGAAAUACAAUUGUUAAGCUUUAGGAACCUGGAUAGGGUUAAUGAACCAAACCUACUUAGUUUGGCUUCAGAACUAAUUCUGCUUGGUUAGGAAACCCAGUUUUUCAUACUUGAUUAGGUUUAGGAACCAGAUCUACAUGAUAAGAUUCGGGAAACAAACCAACUUCCUUAUGUUGAAACAGAAACUUGGUUAAGGACCAAUCCUACUUGACUGGUUUAGGGACUACACUGACUUGAUUACGUUUAGAAACCAUUCCCACUUUAAGGUUUAAGAACCCACCUUACUUGAUUGUGUUUAGGAACCAAUUCUACUUGAUCGGAUUUUGGAAAGAAAUCCUUCUUUGUUGUCAAUCCUACUUGGUUGUUUUUAGAAACCAACCCUACUUGAUUGGGUUUAGGAACCAGACCUUCUUGGUCAUAUUUAGGAAGCAAACCUACUUGGUUGGAUUGGUUUAUGUACCAGUCCUACUUGGUACCCAAUUCUGUUUGGUUGUGUUUAGAGAGUAGUCCUACUUCAUUGGGUUUGGAACUAGUCUUUCUUGGCCAGGUUUAGAAACCAACCCUACUUGAUUGAAUUUAGGAAGAAAUUAUACUUCAUUGGGUUUAGGAAACAAUUAUACUCAAUAGGAUUUUUGGAAAGAAAUCCUUCUUUGUUGUCAGUCCCACUUGGUCGCGUUGAAAAAACCAAGCCUACUUGGUUAGCUUUAGGGACCAAACUGACUUGGUCAUGUUUAGCUGAACAAAUUAGAAUUAGCUUUAGGAGUUGAGCUUAAAUGUUGACCAAACUUACUGUAUUUACAUAUCCAAUUUACUCAGUAAGUUUCCAAACCUUUCUGGUCAAAAAAGGUUUGAACCAAAUUUACCUGAAAUUAUUCCCAAAAAGAUUCUGCUUACCAUCAAUGACACAACUAACACCAAAAUCUACGGCUGUUAUGGUAUUAAAAACCAGUAAAAACAAAAAACAAAACUUUUUCUGAAAAACAAAACAAAACAACAAAACACAGGUUGAGUAUUCCCAACAAUAAAAAAUACAGACUUGAACGCUUCCUAAAUUUUGCUUAACCUAGUGAUGCUGACGUUAAACUCAGGUGUAAAGAAGACAAUGUAAAACUUAGAUUAUCUGCUUGUUGAUAUUUUUCUGACUGCAAAAUAAAAUCUCUUACUAAUAGCUUUAAUUUUUUAGGUGAAACAACUACCUGGCAAAUUAAGAUUUUAUUUUUUAGCUAAUGUAUUCCUCUAUCUUAUCUUUUACAGUUCAGAAGGCACAACUUUCAGUUUUUCUAGUUAUUAAAUUAACAAAGCUACCAACAUUAUGAGAUUAAAACGUCAUGGAUAAUGAACGUAUUUGAUAGUAUGCUUGUUCUCAUAAAGCAGUGCACCUUCUUAGGCUGGAACCGGGUUAAACGAUCAGGGGAUGUGGUGAAAGUAUAUAGGAAGAGACCUACAUACAUGCUGCUUAAGUGCUGCCUUAUCUUUGUCUUUUUUUUUUGUGCACUUCUUUUAUUGUUCCACCAUCAUGGAGGCCAACGGCGUUUACUCUCUCGUUGCUCCUCCGUUCAACAAUAAGACUGCAAAGCAAAUUCAGUCCCAGAAGGCUUGAGGUGAUUGCACAAUCAGAACUUUGGGAAUUUGCGCGUUCGGUUACCCCAUAGAUUUUGGGGGGGCGGAGCUUCUGCAGCGGAGAUCUGGAACUUGCUACAAUUCCGGAUUUUCGACAUUCUAAAGCGUCUGAGAAAUGGACCAAUGGGGUAUCGGACAGGGGGCGGGGCUUCCUCCAUGGAGUUCUGGAUCUCGCUAGCGGAACUUUCAGACAUUCCGGAGAGUUCUAAAGAGAAAAGGACCAAUGAGAUAUCAGGCAGGGGGCGGGGCUUACGCGUACAAGGACUCUGCCUGUGCCACGCCCGUUUCAUUUCUCCCAACCACACCACUGAUUUUUUUAUUUUUUUUAUUUUUCACAACAGAGAAAUAUAAAAACUGAAAAGGUUUGUUUUGCUGCUUUUUCUUGUAUACGUUUUCAAGUUGAAAGUUAUAGAUUGCAAUAGUUUGUACUGAGUGAGAUUUGUGUUAUGUCAAUUCUUUUUAAAAAAAAUAAAAAAUUUUAAAGCAUAAGGAGCAUUAAUAGGGUUAUUAAUAGGUGUGUAUUAAUUUGUACAUUAUUCUUUAUCAGACUAUGGGGAAAUAGCUAUUUACAUCAACUAAUAACCUAUUAUUAAUGUUAUUGUAUGAAUAAUAUUGUUGGUAUAAGAUAUUUGAAAUGCUAUUUUUUAUUCUAUUGCAGAUUUAGUUUUUAGCCUACAUGAAUGUCUUUGGUAAAUAUUGGAUGUAUUUAGAAUGUUAUGAAUUUCAGUUUAUAUUGUAAACAGUGUUUAAAAUGUUGAUAUUGUUGAUUUGAUUACUGUAAUAAUUAUUAUUUUUGUUAUCCAGACUUAUUAUCACUGCAUUUUAUUUUACAUUAAUUAUGGAAACAGAAAGCACUUGCCAGAUAUGUUUAUUUUUUAAGUGCCAUGCGACUACAGUUCAAUCUUCCUCUCAACCUGUUGGUUUCUGAGUCUGUCUUAUGUCCUUCUGUACAUAAUUUGCAAUUCUUUUUACAGGAAGAAAUGUUCAUUUAGUUUAAUUAUGAAUGUCUCGUAAUAGUUUUUCCAUUUUCUUUUUUUGUUACCAAGACUGCUAUGUGUACUCCUGUAAUAAACCACAAAGAAAAAAUA